AUGACCAUGAAUGCUGAUAGAAGAAAAACAGAAAAUGAAGACAAAAUUGACAAUUUAGAAGCCCCUCCAGAUGACCCCCACCAACCAUUAAAUUCUUUUCAAUUAUUUAAUAAAAAAGAAAAACAACGAAGAUAUAGUUUAUGGACAGAAAGAUAUUCUUUAGAUUAUUUAAAACAAAAGAAAAUUAAAACAAAAAUGGUUAUUUUAUCAAGAGAAGAAAAUGAAGAAGAAGAAAAGGAAGAGGAGGAAGAAAUAAAUGAAGAUAAUAAUGCAAAGGAAGAGAAUUUGCGUAAAAGAAUGCAACAAAGAAGGAGAAGAUUGGGGUUGCAAUUAUUUCCAAAAUCAGAAGAAAAAAUGGAAGAAAUAAGGGCAGUAACGAUGUAUGAUGGGGCUUAUUGUAAUGUUGGAUCCCCUUUGCUUUCGAUUGAUGCUGAAACUGAGACUGAAGCAGAGGAAGAACAACAAAGAUGUAGAGACACUUCUGUACAGGCAGAAUUACUACCUCGUCUCCCAAAAUCUCGUUCUAAAUAUUGCAUAAUUCGUCCAACUUCUGGAAACGAAGUAUUAAUUAAUAAUAAAGAAGAUGAUGGAGAAGAGGAGAUGAUAUUAAAACAAAAUAAUUUAUUAACUGUUGGGAUAUCAACACCUCCAACAUUAAAUAUGGGGGAAGGGGGACGUCGUCCUAGUAUGUUACAAACAGCUGCAGCUAUUAUGAGAAGGCGUUCUUCUUUUGUGAGAGAAAGAUGGGCUAAUAAAUUGGAAUUUUUGUUAGCUGUUAUUGGCUAUGCUGUCGAUUUAGGCAAUAUCUGGCGCUUUCCUUCUGUUUGUUACAAACAUGGGGGAGGCGCUUUUUUAAUUCCUUACAUUGUUAUGUUAUUAAUUGGUGGACUUCCAAUGUUUUAUAUGGAAUUAGUACUUGGACAAUUUCAUCGUUCCGGUUGUUUGUCAAUUUGGAGAAAGAUUUGUCCAAUGUUCAAGGGUAUUGGCUAUGGUAUUUGCUUCAUUUGCACAUUUAUUGCUUGUUUUUAUAAUGCAAUAAUUGCUCAUGCUGUUUAUUUUUUUAUCAGCUCUGUUGGGUGGGAAGUUCCUUGGUUACAUUGCAAUAAUUCCUGUUUGUAUUAUCAUUACAAAUAUUUUUAUAAAUUUUUAAAUAAAGGGAAUACUGAAUGGUGUCGUGACACUCACAACUCUUCAAAUACUUCAGUUAAGCCAGCUGUAGAUGGACAGGAGUGGCGAACACCUUCACAAGAAUUUUAUAUAUAUUCAGUUCUAGAAAGUGAUAAAUCAACAGGUUUAGAUAAUCUUGGAGGAAUUAAACCUUCAAUGGCCUUUUGCCUACUUCUUGUCUUUUUAAUUGUUUAUUUUGCAUUAUGGAAAGGUCCUCAAAGUACAGGGAAAAUUGUUUGGAUUACAGCAACUGCCCCAUAUAUUGUUUUAUCUAUUUUGCUUAUUAGAGGACUUACACUCCCUGGAGCGUCAAAAGGAAUUUAUUAUUAUUUAACACCUGAUUUUGAUAAAUUAAAAGAGCCUGAAGUUUGGACAGCUGCUGCUACACAAAUAUUUUUCUCCUUAGGACCGGGUUUUGGAGUGCUUCUUGCUUUGAGUAGUUACAAUGAUUUUAAUAAUAAUUGCUAUAGAGAUGCAUUAGUAACUUCAUUAAUUAAUUGUUUUACUUCUUUCUUCUCUGGUUUUGUUAUAUUUUCAACACUUGGCUAUAUGAGUGAAUUAACUAAUAAACCUGUUAGUGAAGUUGUUGGGGAAGACGAAUCCUCCCUUAUUUUUGUUGUUUAUCCCCAAGCAAUUGCCGAAAUGGAUUAUUCUCCAAUUUGGUCACUUAUUUUCUUUUUUAUGUUAAUCACUUUAGGCAUUGACAGCACAUUUAGCGGUGUUGAGGCAUUUAUUACUGGAUUUUGUGAUGAAUAUCCGAGAAUUUUGGCUAGAAAAAGGGAAAUAUUUGUAGCAUUAGUUUUAGGAAUGUUUUAUAUUGGAUCUUUGCCAGCAGUUACUUAUGGGGGUCGUUAUGUUAUUCCCUUUUUGGAUGAUUAUGGAGUCUCUCUUUCCGUACUUUUUAUUGUAAUGUGUGAAAUGAUUGCUGUUUGUUGGUUUUAUGGAAUUAAAAGAUUUAGCGAAGAUAUUCAUGUUAUGCUUGGGUUUUACCCCGGUAUUUAUUGGCGUAUUUGUUGGACUUGUUGUCCUGUUUUUAUUGGAUUUAUUUUUUUUAUUUCUUUAUAUUCUGCCUCAUUUAUGCCAAAACAAUUAAAUAAUUAUACUUAUCCUUGGUGGUCAGUGUCAUUAGGUUGGCUAUUCAGAAUGCUCUCUUGUCUGUCAAUUCCUGCUUAUAUUAUUUAUAUGUUUAUUACAACGCCUGGUCCUUUAAUUAAAAGAAUUAGAAUAAUGUUAACAGCACAACAGAGGGGUUCAAUAGUUUCUAGUGCCCCAUCAACAAUGAAUAUUGGAGGAAUAAAUAAUAAUUUAACAAAUUUAGUAUUUAUAACAAAUAAAGAACAACAACAAAACAAUAAUAAUAUAACAUUAUUACGGUUUUCUGAUAAUAUUCCAUCAACAAUAUAUUCAAGUAAAGAUUCAUUAGAUGACGAUACUGAUUCUAUUGCGCAUUUAUAA